CAACAAGAAAGACAGAAUGAAUAAUUUCAGCGAGGUGGUCAAUCGACUAAACGAUGAAGCUGUGGAGACCCUCAUUCCUGCUGUGGUUUUCAUUGUUAUCCUAAUGAUCAUCGGCAUCAUCGGAAAUCCAGCCAUUGUCUACUUUUAUGGUUUCAAAUUGAGACCAACCCCAUCGUACAUGUUUAUUGUAGCUUUAGCAGUAUUUGAUUUUGUGGGUUGUGCCGUUUCAAUGCCUCUUGAACUCGUUGAUUUAAUUCGGUUCUACACGUUUGAAAGUGCCGUAACCUGCAAACUUCUGAGAUUCGUAAACUACCUCAUGGCAAUAUCAAGUGGGUCGAUUCUUAUCGCCAUUGCAGUGGAUCGUUAUCGAAAAAUAUGCAAGCCUUUUGAAUCCCAGAUAACCAUUAAAAUGGCCAAGAUUAUCAUACCAUGUAUUUUGUUUGGGUCGGUUUGUGUUUCAUGGCCAAGCUUCGUUUUUUAUACCGUUGUGCAAGUCAAUCUAACAGAAGUUGCUGGAGCGGUGGGUCAGGAUUGUACCACAAGGCGAGACGAUUCCUACAAACUUUAUAUUACUUUAUACAAUGGGAUUUUAUUUUUGGUCUUCAUCAUAGCUAUUACAUCUCUGAUAGUUCUGUAUUGUCUCGUUGGAAAACAAAUCUUCAACCUCAGAAGCUUUCGAUUUUAUGCACAACGGAAAAGAACACGAUCUUCAACGAGACCCCAGAGUGGCACCACGCAAUACACCGAAGAAACUGGAGGAUUUGGAUCUUUCAGGGAUUCGGAUUCCUCAGAAAUUGCCAAGUUUGAUGAAGUCACCUUGCCACCUAGUAGGGGAAGUAGUCGACCGACAACAGCUACAGCGAUCGCAUUCACGACGGGAAAAGUGGCGCCCUCACCAGAAGACUUUGAACGAUCUGAAUCGAGGCUUUCCAAUGGAUCAGGACAAGCAUCUGCUGGCAACCUUCGCAUUUCUAGAAGUCUUCAUAACGCUUUAAAGUCGGAUAAAGUAUCUGUUCCACCUCGAUCCAAUUCUGCCUUGUCGGAACGAACUGGCAUACAUUCUACAAAUAAUAUCCGAAAUGGAUCUGCUCGAACAAGCAAUUUGUUGCGACAAAUUCAAGUUCGAGAAUCCUCGAGAGUUUCCUUUGUAGAAGAAGGAGACCAAAGCAUAGCUAGCACAGUAGAAACUAGAGACGCAAACGGCAAUGCAGAUAUAGACCAGAAGAAAACCAGUGCUCAAAACAUUAACACUAAGAAGUACACUAUUAUCAUGUUAUCAAUUACAGUCGCUUUCAUCGUGAGCUUUUUACCAUACUUGGCUCUCAUGACAUGGAGAACUUUAUCCAAGGAGUAUGAACCAAACCUGUUUUCCAAAUCAGAACUGGUGGCAUUUCAAAUUUUUAUUCGGUCAUUUCUAAUAAACAGUGCAGUUAAUCCACUGAUAUAUGGAUUUCUGAAUACAGAGUUUAGGAAUUUUGUCAUAGCGUGUGUUUGUUGUCGUGAGUAUAUUGGUCCUCCUCAGCCCAGAUCUGAAAACAGUGGCCAUUCCAGGUCAUCAUGAGAGGCCACUUAAAAUAAGGUCCUUAUGAGCGGCUAUACCAGGUCAUCAUGAGUGGUCAUUCGAAGGUCAUCAUGAGAGGCCACUUAAAGCUAUCAUGAGCGGUUAUUCCAGAUCAGCAUGAGAUGCAACUCCAUGUCAUCAUAAUUAAGAAGCCGUUCCAGAUCAUCAUAAGCAGCCGUAACAGAUCAUCAUGAUCGACAAUUCCGUAUCAUCAUGAUCGACAAUUCCAUAUCAUCAUCAGCGACCAUUCUAGAUAACCAUGAUCGGCCAUUACAGAUCACCAUAAUCGGCCAUUACAGAUCACCAUGAUCGGCCAUUCCAGAUCAUCAUGAGUGACCAUUCCAGAUCAUCAUGAUCGGCCAUUCCAGAUCACCAUGAUCGGCCAUUCCAGAUCACCAUGAUCGGCUAUUCCAGGUCAUCAUGAUCGGCCAUUCCAGAUCAUAAUGAGCAACCUUUUCAAAUCAUCAUGAGUGACCAUUCCAGAUCACCAUGAUCGGCCAUUCCAGAUCACCAUGAUCGGCCAUUCCAGAUCACCAUGAUCGGUCAUUCCAGAUCAGCAUGAUCGGCCAUUCCAGAUCAUCAUGAUCGGCCAUUCCAGAUCAUCAUGAGCGACUAUUCCAGAUCAACAUGAACGGCCGUUACAGAUCACCAUGACUUAUCUGCACGUCUUUUUAAAUC